AUGUCGAAAUCCUCAUUUCUCAACCACGACGAUCCAGUGCCAUCGUAUGAAAGCCUUUAUUCUGCACAACCCAGGUCAGCACUGCAUCAACAGCUCGAUCAAGUUCGCUUAGAUCGUGUGCGAGACAUACUCUCAACACAUGUCGAUCCGCUACUAGAGGCCCAGGCUGCCUCUGGUCUCUACAAAACUGUCUUUCUUCUGAUCCCCUCCAAUGUGGACUCUCUACAACCAAACACGAGUGAACAAUCUUCAUAUUCAACACCAAAGGAACCAGAGGUCUUGGGAUUUGCAUCCACUGAUGUCGUCCACCUUGUUCGUUUAAAAGGAGAGGAACACACUCUGCAGUUCUGGAGACAACCAGCCGUGGUAGAGGAGCUGGCAGUUAACCUGCGCAUGCGCUUGGAACAGGGUGGUCAUCGCGUCGAGCAAGACACCAACAACGCAUCAGUUUCUAAUCCAACACCUCCUGUUGAACCUACACCACCUACACCGGUGGAGACAAAGAAAUCCUCAGGCUGGUUCCGAUCCAACAAGACAAAAAAGGAAUCAAAGUCAUGGCUCGAUCCCACCAUUCCCUCAGAGGCAAUCGUAGCAGACCACAAAUUGGGAUGGCGGGGUAAACACGAAGAGGCCAAUCAAAACAAACCCUUACCGAGAGGAUCAGUCCGGGCCAAUGUCGAAUGGAAGGAGGUUUGCGUGCGUGUAGAAAACGAGCUGGGCUUGUAUGAGACACGCCAGGGACCUGGUGUUUGCUUGUCAGUUGAGUUUGGGAGCCGGUGA